AUGGCCUACCCUCAGUGCCCGGCCCCUGGGUCCUACACCAUGGUCAUCAUCCCUCUCCGGAGCAGCCUCUACAGCCUUGAUGCCCUGCGCUUCUACCUAUGGAUUAAGAGGCUGAAGGACUUAGAAAGGGAGAAGGACUCUCUGUGGGCCGGGCUGCAGGUUCUGGAGCAGGCCCGGCUCUGGUACCGACACAAACUGGAGGACAACAGAGCCAGGCAGGCUAACGUGGGCACCAGGGCUGGGGCUAGGGCAAAGGAGUGGGGAGGAGAGGGGGCGUCAUCGUGCCUCCUGAGGUCUCAGAUCCAGAGGGUGAAUGGAUCUUUGGGUAGACUGAUGAGUGAGCCCAACGUAACCAGCUGUCCCUCGUCUCCAAAGAGGGACGGGGUCGAGGUAUCAGACAGUGAGCUACGGUGGCAGAACACAGUACUGGUACAGGCUCAACCUCACCUUCCAAACUGUCAUGUCAAUGCCAAGUGGUCUUAG